UUUAGACCAUUUUUGUUGGUCUCUGUGUUUGAUUCACGAUGAACAAGAUGAAGGAGAAGAAAAAAAUCACAGAGAAGAUACUAAAUCACGCGCUGGAGAUUAUCUAUCUACUGACUGGAGAGAAAUAUAUCCUUGUGAAAAAGAAUUCUCCCCACAGCAGCGUACACCAGCUAACCGGCGAGGUUUCCAUUAAAUGUGAUGAUGUUGCUGUCUAUUUCUCUAUGGAAGAGUGGGACUAUAUAGAAGGACACAAGGACGUCUAUAAAGCUGUGAUGAUAGAGGAUGAUCCUCACAUAUCCAGGAAUUCGGAAAACCCAGCACCUAAGAGCGCAGAGACAUCUAAAGAACAUCUGGACCCUGUACAAAGUAGUGAUGCAGAACAGUGCAGACAAGAUACAGAGGAUAAUCAGUCUAAGCCCGAGGCAGAAAUCUCCACUUGUAAAGAAAUUGUUGACGCUAUUUCAAAUGGGGAAAAAAGUGAUGAGACAACUGACAAUUCUACUCAACCAGCGAUGACGUCUUCAAACUGCUCUGUAGAAAAUCUAGACAGAAUCAUAACUGAAGAUAAAGAAGUGGUUACAAGUUGUGUUCAUCUAGCAAAGGAAUCCUCAAAUACUGCAGAAAAUGUAGACUUGAUAACAAUUGAAGAUGAAGAAGACGUUAAUAGAUGUGAAAGAUUUAUUGAACCAGCAGACAACUCUUCCGACACUUCUAUAGAAAAGGAAACGGAACUAGCGGAAGAUGCGACUUCGACGUACCAGACAGGAAUUCAGGACCAAAAGCAUGAAGCAGAUUCAGACGCAAGUCUUCUUGACGAAAGUGUAGACACCAUAUUAAUUAGCGAGGAUGAAGAAGAUGAAAAGAAUUUUCAAAAGGCGGAUUUAUAUUCAGACUCUUACGCAGAAUACUCAUUACAAGCAGAAGGACCUCUGUACAGAAACACGUUUGAAGAGUCUAUCACAGUGGACCGUUCCUCAAAUCUGAUGGUGGAGAACAUCUCAAAUAUGUUUCAAGCUAAGCCUGAAGGAAACUCUCUUUACUCAUCAUCCUUUUGCAAUCCUCAUUCAUCUGUAUCGUUUAACUGUGAACAAUCUAUGGACUCUCCAAACAGGAAUUUUGUCAAUAGCUGCAACAACAUAGCGAUGACAAAUAUGCAAAAUGACAAGAAAAUUAGCAUACAUUAUGCUAACAUAAUUAAUAGAAUGCCCUUGUAUAACGAUGAUCUGUUAACACAUAGAGAAGAAAAAACCCAUCAAUGCAAUGUAUGUGGCAAACAGUUUCCUUACAAGUCUCGUCUUACUAUACAUCUGAGAUCUCAUACCGGAGAGAAGCCCCAUGGUUGCAAUGAAUGCGGCAAACGUUUUGCGGACAAAUCAAAUCUGUCCGUGCAUCAGAGAUCACACACAGAUGAUAGGCCGCAUAAAUGCAAUGUAUGUGGCAAACGAUUCCUUACUAAAACUAAACUUAUUGUACAUUACAGAUCCCACACUGGUGAGAAACCUUAUAGAUGCUUUGAAUGUGGGAGACAUUUUGCAGACAAAUCUAAUCUUGUGGCCCAUCGUAGGAUACAUAGAGGAGGAGUAUCAUAGCUUUGAUGAAUAGUUUAUUUGUCAACAGAAUUCAUGUUUUGCAUCAGUCAUGUACUAUGGAAGAAUAUAAUUUAUUGAGCGUCUUUCUUCCCAAAGGAACUUAAAAAAACAUUAGUGCA